AAUCACAUAACCCGACUGGGCGGACGUCAGAUGACGUAAAUUAUAUAUUAAUGAGACAAGCUCUUUUAGUCUUCGACUGAAAACACAGAGCUUCACAAACGUCGAUAACUACAGCAGUUCAACAUGGCAGAUGAAGAGGUGAAGAAGUCAGAGGGCAAACAAGUGGAGGGGAUCUUUGGGUUCGGAAAGAAGGAUAAAGACAAGGAAAAGUCCAAAGACAAGAGUGAUUCUAAGGAUAAAGAUAAGCAUAAGGAACACAAAGGUAAAGAACAUAAAGACAAAGACAAGAAGAAGAAGAAAGACAAGGAUCACAAGAAGAAGGACGGUCACAAGUCUUCGUCUUCCAGCGAUUCGGACUAAUGCAAGACUGAAGAUUCAUCUGAUACCUCCAAUAUCAUAAUGUAAAAUCUUUAUUACAUGAUUUGUGUAGAUGUAUACAUGCAAUAUUAUGCAAUGCAGGGGUGAAUAUUAAAUCUUAUGAAGUUUUCAUGAAGUUUUUGAGCUGUAAGUACAAACUUCCACAAGGUGGCGCCACUUACAUGCCAAAUCCUGAGUGAAGCACUGGAAUAAAGAAACUUAUCAGCUA